AUGAGCAAGCGCCCCCUCGAUGAACCCACAUCUCGUGGUGGCUCUCCACCGCUAGACGACCAUAUCAGCCAGAACGCCAACAACGGUCUGCCCAUCAACGACCUUCUGUCUCCAACCCCGGAGCAGCAAUCUUCUGGCUCAUCAAAAAAGCCUCGGAACUUUAUCGCUACAGUGGCCUGUGAAACAUGCAGGCUCAAGAAGACCAGAUGCGACGAGUCUCGCCCCAAGUGCGGCUUGUGCAAGUCGCUGGGUAUACAGUGUGUCUACAAUGAGCGUAAAACGUCAAAACGAGAUCAUUCGCUCAGCUUGAUUAUGAGCACCUUGCAUCGAUUGGAAACGAAGUUGGAGGAUGUUCCUGUCAAUGUGCGCAAGGAGAUUGAGUCUCUCCAGGCACAGCUGCCUCGAGCGCCGGAUGGGCCCAUGGAGAUGAGCACUCCUGGACGUGUGACCCAUCCGGUUGCGAAACAUGCGAAACAUGCGUCUCUUUCAACACCGCAAACAUUGACUCCAGCGGGAGAGCCAGAGGUCUUCGAAUUCGACGAGCGGCCCAAUGCAGUGAAUGCAAACGGUCUGGUGUCGAUCUCCUUCAGUCAGCAUGGAGUCGUCUUGUGGCCAGGAGCUCAGGAUAUCCUUCCGCCACGACUCCUCGACGCGCACGAGAAGCUGGGGAAGAAUUAUGUGAUUGACACCGAAAUGCAUAGAGCGCCUCUACCCAUGUACAGCUACCCGUUUCCCCCGCAAGCAGGCGACGACUGGUUGGAGACCCUUCCGCUGGCGAUGAUCAAGGGUCUAUCGACUGCCUUCUUCGCCACAUUCAGCCCCUUUACGCCUAUCAUGGACAAGAACUUUUACUUCGCUUUUACGCUUGGCGCGGCGAUUGAGAGUGAUUUUGGCUAUACCAUGGAGAGCUGUAUUGUAUUGAACAUCAUGGCGCUGGGUUGUUUGGCUGUUCAUGCUCAUCACGAAGGCGAUUAUCCGCUGCCAGGCACACGGGGCAGUCAUUUUGAACCCCCAGAGUGGCUACCGGUGGUGCAGGAGGAAACGCCUGGUCUACGCUUUUUCAACGAGGCUCGUCGGCGUAUUGGGUUCUUGAUGUGUGACAAUGAUAUCCAGAGUUGUCAGUUUUACUUGCUGUCCUCGAUCUAUUAUCAACAAAUCCUCCGUCCGAUGGACUCUUGGGCAAUGAUUCACCGUGCUGCCACUGGCUGCCUUUCAAUCCUUACAAACCAUGAGGUUAAUUUCGACGAAUGGGAAGGCGACAUGAAGUCGCGCGUAUAUUGGAACUGCCUCAUGAACGAAACCAUUCUUGUGCAAGAGCUACAUCUCCCACCAAGCGGAUUGUCACGAUUUGAAGAGGUGGUCCCCAUCCCGAAAUUCAUCGGCUUCGAAACACUGGGCUUUGUCCCCUCCCGCUACUCCUCCGCCGACGACAUUGACGACUCAUUCUUCCAAUAUCACUUCCUUGCGCAGGUCGCCCACCGCAUCAUCCUCACCCGCAUCCGGCACUCACUCUACUUCUACUCCGAAUCAGGCACAUUCCCCCUCCCAGCCGUAAACACCGAACUCCACCACCAACUAAACCAAUGGCGGCUGAACCUCCCGCCCGCCCUCCAAUUCUCCGACACACUCUCCCUCGCAACCUCCCCAGAAGCAACAAUCGCCUCGCCGCACAACCCCAUAUCACCUCAUCUCUCUACCACCAGCACCACCACGCGACCGCUCUCUCCCGCAAUCGCGGUCUCAGAAGCCAUGCUCCGCGGCCGGUACAUGAUUGCCAAAUUCCACAUCAGCCGACCGUACCUGUACAAAGCACUCCGCAUCCCAUCACACCUGUCGGAAGACGACUUCGAGCAGAUCCGCAGCGGUUUGCGGAACGCGAUGAAUUGGCCCAUUAUCCUCGGUGUAUUCCGGGAUAUGAAGAGUUGCAUUCCGAUCAAGUUCGCGUUUUGUUCGCAAUUCUUCGGCCAAGUCCUCCUCUUCUAUUGUAUCGCGCACUCACCCGACCCUCGCGUGCGUGCGACACUGCCGCCCGCAUGGGAGCAGUGGAAUCAGGAGAUGUUGCGGUUCCUGGAGGACUGCGCGGCGUAUAGUCCGGCUGUUGCAAAGGACUUGGAGCUACUGAGGCUCUUAUAUUCCCCAUGA